CAACGAUUAAAACUGAUCUAGGAACGAUACCCCGGAAGUUUUCCCAAACCAGAGCGCACAUGGCUGUACUGUAAUUUGUCGCUGAAUGAGAAGGGAGUUAUUUGCAAGGGAACUGACAUUAAACAUUGUUGCGUGUCUCUUUAAAGUAUAUAAUACGAUUUCGACUGUAAUCUGAUUAUGUGACGUUUUUAAUUGAACGGCAAUGAUACUGAUACUGAAGGACAAAUGAUAGCCACAUUGUAGUAUUUUAGAUAUGACAUUGAAACUUGUGCAGAUGGUGCUUGUGCAUUGGUGUUUUUGUAGAACAUUGGAGUUUGUGUAGAUGUAACAUUGGUGUUUUUGUAGAACAUUGGAGUUUGUGUAGAUAUGUAACACUGGAGCUUGUGUAGAUGUAACAUUGGUGUUUUUGUAGAACAUUGGAGUUUGUGUAGAUGUAACACUGGAGCUUGUGUAGAAGUAACAUUGGUGUUUUUGUAGAACAUUGGUAUUUGUGUAGAUAUGUAACAUAUCUGUGUUUUUCGAGUUGUGUGGAAUGCCUUGACUCGACUGCUUUCUCCAGCUUUUGGAUAAUCUGCCUCCCAAAUUGACCAGAUAAAGGAUCAGAAACUGUUAUAUCUGGGAGUAUUGCUGCAUCACAGUGAUUUUGUUUCGCCUAAAAAUGUGGAGAACUGCCUGUAGAUUCUCACGUGUUAUUAAAAAUAACACAAAUUUGGAGAUUUUGACAUUCCCUUUCUCAGACGGCACACAAUAUGCGCUGUAUCACAGCUCCAAAAUUUUCUUCUGCCCAAAAGACACUAGUUUUAAAGUUUCUCAACGGGUAAGACGCAACCCUUUCAAGUCUUCAGGUCAUCUUUCCAGAAUCAUUCGUCCUUCUGCAAAGUCAUCAGGUCCUGACAGGGGGUCUGGCCCUGACCGCAGAGUCUCCUCUGAACUCCAGAAGCUGAGCUUGGAGGACCUCAGAAAGCCAGAACCAGAACCUCAGAAGCUUCCUAAGAGAGUCAAGGACAGGGUCACCAACACCCGUCUCCAGAGAGAGAAUCCUUAUGAGUUGGUCUUCGGGGUGGCCCCUUGUUUACUAGCCUUGACUCAGGGGAGACGGAAGCUCAGUCAGCUUUUCGUGAUGCGCAGGGAAGGACGUCAGAGGGAAUCUGUGGAGAAGGUUUGUGAGGAGGCAGUCAGGCGAGGCAUUCCCAUUAAGCACAUUACUAAGAGGGAAAUGGAAAAGAUGAUCGGUGAUGUGGUCCACCAGGGACUGUGCCUUCAAGCCAGUCCAUUACGUUUCCUCACCAAGGAGAAAUCCAACAGUCAGCAGGGAAAUUGGUGCAGUGGAAACCCCUGUCCACUGUGGCUCGUCCUGGACGGAGUGCAGGAUCCGAUGAACCUCGGCUCUGUCCUUCGCUCUGCAUAUUUUCUUGGAGUGGACAGAGUAGCUAGUAGCAUUCGCAACAGCUGUCCAUUAACUCCAGUGGUGAGCAAAGCCAGCUCAGGAGUGAUGGAGCUCAUGGAUGUGUACGGCUAUGAGAACUUGGCUGACAUUGUAAAGAUAAAGCUCAAACAAGGAUGGCAAGCAGUCGGCACUAUCGGCUCUGAAGAGACGAGCUCUGGAGUUUCCAUUAUUCCGUGUUCUGAAUUCAAGAUGUCCAAACCUACACUGCUCCUGAUGGGUGGUGAGGGUUUCGGGUUGUCUGCUGAGCUGCGUGAGCUGUGCGAAGUUUUCCUCACUGUUCCUCCCAGAAGAGAGCUUCACCCUGCUGUGGACUCGCUCAACGUCUCUGUAGCCACAGGCAUCCUCCUACAUUCUCUUCUCUCAUCAUGUAGAACUGGCCAAUGAGGAUAAUGAUGAUGAUGAUGAUGGUGGUGGUUUAUUUACUUGCACUGCCUCCCUGUUGCGCUUAAUGACUGGAUUAGUUCAUCAAUUAGCCAUCAGCUAAUUGACCCUAGAGAACUCAUCGAUCAGAAAGCCGAGACUGGGGAGGACUUCUCGACUGCCAGUUGGAUUGCAUCCUACUCUGAGGAAGGAGUGGGGCAGCAAACGUCAAGGCUUUGCUAGCCAUAACAAACUGCAAAACACGAUCUAAGAUCUAAAACAACUCAUGUGAAGGAGGAGAAAAAUGUCAGGAAUUGUUAUGACUGAAGUGUACGAAAUUAAACGUAAAGAAUUGUUUGGAAAAAAAAAACAAAAAAAACAGGGUGCUGUUUUGUUCAAAUGUUUUUCAGCAGGUGGCACUGUAGAUUAGCGCUCCUCUGCUAAAUUCAACAAAUGUCUAUCCUGGGCAUCUUUUUCAUUUUUUUCCUUUCUGUUUAUGAUGGUUAAAGCUUAGCCAGGGAUAAUCCCAGACCACCAAUGAGCAAAAACCUAAAUCUGAGCGAAAACUUGCUUCACAUCAUGCUUCGAGGCUUCUCCGCUGACUUGGGGGUGUUACAGAAUGGGACGGUUCACAAUUAAAGUAAAACGGGUGAGCGGGACAGGACGAUUAACCCGCUAAUGCUAUAGACCAUUAGACCUCUCUGUCUUACUCUCUUUUUAGCCUCGAGCCAGCUUGGGGGAGAAUGGGACAUUAGAAGAGACGGUUUAAUGUAAUGACCCAUUCUGUGAUUUUUACAAGGCAGAAUGAUUUGCAGCACGGAGCGGGGACGACAGAUCCUCCUCAGAUUUGUCAAGAUUUGCACAAAAUGGAUCUUUUUUCAGACCUUUUUAUUAAAGCUAUUUAUUAAGCUCGACAUCAGAGGCGUUGCUAUUAAUAAAAACAAAUAAGCCGAAUCUGAAGUUUCAACUCCGGUCUAAGACAGCUAAACUCAAAUGAAAUAUCUGACAGGUUAAAAGUACUUCUAAUUUUACUUCCACAUAAUGCGUAAUAGUUCUGGAAUUACCACCUAAAAAGGAUAAGUGGGAGAUGAUAAGGUUUUAAGAGAUGUUGAUAUAAUACAUGUACGUUUACAGUUUUUAGGCCAGAUAAUUUGCUCGCUUUUCACAAUUCUUCGUUUUAAUUUCCAGCUUGAACUUGUGAUACACUGAAUUUAGAUUAUGGUUCUAUGUACAACCUUUUAUUAUAUUUUAUUAUUAUUAUUAUUAUUAUUAUUAAAAAAAACACAUCACUGUUGAAUUCUCGAUUCCGAUUGAUUAGAAGGCACUGAUUUAUUUUCCAUGAAAGCAGCUCUGACAACAGUCAGAAUCCAUAAUCAGAAUCCAUAAUCAUUGCUAUGGUGAAGUUUUCUGUAAAGAAAAUGCAUUCAACUUAACUGAAACAGUUCAUGUAAGGAGUCUCCAGUAUCAGUGCGUAGGGAAAGCUGUAACUUUGGAGUCAUCCAUGGAGUCAUCAGGCGAGAGGACACUGCAUUAAACAUUUUUUUUAAACUGAUUAAAGAGAAAAUGAAGGAAUGACUGUUUAUAGUUGUUGUAACAAGUGAUCAUUUGUUUCAUGGAAAUUCCACAACAUUAAAUGUAAGUAUAAAUGGAUAAAAAGCAUUCUUUAAUAAAUAAAAAAAAUGUAAUCAUUGGCAAAUUACUGUGGUGUAAGAGGAAUAAGCAUGGAAAAUAAUCCAUUCUUGGACUGCAUCACACCAUUCUGUCAUUGAUUAUUUUCCGAUAAUAACAUGCCCCCAAAGUGUUUUCAUCUUAUAUGUAGUUAA